AUGCGGAGGAGGCAGCUGAUUCUCGUUGUAUUGCCGUGUCUUUUUCUCUUCUUCUUCUUCCUCUACUUCUUCUUCGUCUUAUUCAAUGUCCGGGUAACAUCCAUUACACAUGGUGAUCAUGAUCAAACCCCUCUUCAGCGCAAACAAUUUAGUCUCUUGAUCGGAAUCUUAACCCUCCCGGACAAGUACGAGCGCCGCCAUUUCCUCCGCCUCGUCUAUGGAAUCCAAUCGUCGCCCUUAGCCGACAUCGAUGUCAGGUUCGUCUUCUGCAACCUCACGAAACCCGAGCAGAGAGUACUCAUAGCCUUAGAAAUCCUACGUUUCAACGACAUUAUCAUACUCAACUGCACCGAGAACAUGAACAAUGGCAAGACCUACACAUAUUUCUCUUCUCUCCCACGCAUCCUUCCAAGGCGCUACAGCUAUGUCAUGAAGGCUGACGAUGAUGUUUUUGUCAGGCUUUCACCGUUGGCCUUGUCUCUUGAGACAUUGCCUAGGUUAGACUUGUAUUAUGGAUUUGUAAUUCCAUGCACGAGCAUGAAUCCCCACGUGGAUUAUAUGUCGGGGAUGGGGUUUUUGCUGUCUUGGGAUCUCGUUGAAUGGAUUGGAAAGUCUGAUAUUCCUGGAAAUGAGACGUAUGGCCCUGAGGAUAAAUUGGUUGGGAAAUGGCUGAAGAUGGGGAAUAAGGCGAAGAAUCGAUUCUCCAACAAGCCAGCCAUGUAUGACUACCCGGGAACAAAUGGGAGAUGCUCCCAUGAGCUUAUACCAGAAACUGUGGCGGUUCAUCGAUUGAAGAGGUGGGAUCAAUGGCUUCAUGUACUUGAAUUUUUCAAUGUGACCAAAGAACUGAUCAAGAACUCCAAUUACCUCUAUAAUCUAUGA